GUUCCUAUCCCCCACCCACCCUUUGACACUGCCCUGCUAAAGCUGUGUGGUUGCGGGAAGUGAAUGACGUCUCUGUAAUUGCGGGCCGCCGACGCAGGGCUGGGUUUCCAUUUUCAGAGCGAGUUUCGGGGGGGAUCGUCAACAUGGAGCCGGAGAUGGAGGACAAAACAUUGGAACUAAUGUGCUCUGUGCCUCGCUCUCUCUGGCUGGGCUGCUCCUCGGUGGCUGAGAGUUUGUGUGCACUCAGGUGCCUGCAGAGCAUCCCCUCCACCCGGGCUCACAACCAGAACACAUCAGGGAUGGAUUCACAGAACCUUGUGGACGAUCUGUCGCCAAAGAAGACCACAGUUCUCAAGCUUAGUAAUGGUCCUGUUGUGGGUUCCCGCAAGAGGCCAUCAGAGGGAAACUACGAAAAAGAGAAGGAACAUUGCAUUGGCCUCUUUGACCAGUGGUCGGAGGCUGACCAGGUGGAGUUCGUCGAGCGCCUGAUCUCCCGCAUGUGCCACUACCAGCAUGGUCACAUCAACUCCUACCUCAAACCCAUGCUGCAAAGGGACUUUAUCACUGCACUGCCAGCCCAAGGCUUGGACCACAUAGCAGAGAACAUCCUCUCUUUUCUGGACGCACGCUCACUGUGUGCAGCAGAGCUCGUUUGUAAGGAGUGGCAAAGGGUCAUCUCGGAAGGAAUGCUUUGGAAAAAGCUGAUUGAACGCAUGGUCCGAACUGACCCGCUGUGGAAGGGGCUGUCUGAGAGACACCAGUGGGAGAAAUAUUUGUUUAAGAAUCGUACAUCAGAAGUCCCACCCAACUCGUACUACCACUCCCUGUAUCCCAAGAUUAUCCAAGACAUAGAGACGAUUGAGGCUAACUGGAGAUGUGGGAGACACAACCUACAGAGGAUUCAGUGUCGUUCAGAAAAUAGUAAAGGGGUUUACUGUCUCCAGUAUGAUGACGACAAGAUAAUAAGUGGCCUUAGAGACAAUUCUAUCAAGAUCUGGGAUAAACAGUCUCUGGAGUGUCUGAAAAUACUGACUGGUCACACAGGCUCAGUGUUGUGUCUGCAGUAUGAUGAGAGGGUCAUCGUCACUGGGUCCUCUGACUCAACUGUCAGGGUGUGGGAAGUAACAACGGGUGAGGUACUGAACACACUGAUUCACCACAAUGAGGCAGUCCUUCACCUGCGGUUCGCAAAUGGCCUGAUGGUCACGUGCUCCAAGGACCGUUCAAUCGCAGUCUGGGAUAUGGCUUCACCAACUGAUAUAAGCCUACGUCGUGUCCUGGUGGGACACCGUGCAGCCGUCAAUGUCGUCGACUUUGAUGACAAAUAUAUUGUCUCUGCCUCAGGGGACCGCACCAUCAAGGUAUGGAGCACAAGCACCUGUGAGUUUGUGCGAACUCUAAAUGGUCACAAGCGUGGCAUUGCCUGUCUACAGUAUAGAGAUCGUCUCGUCGUCAGCGGAUCAUCUGACAACACAAUUCGGUUAUGGGACAUAGAGUGUGGGGCAUGUUUGCGAGUGCUGGAAGGUCAUGAGGAGUUGGUGCGCUGCAUUCGCUUUGACAACAAGAGGAUUGUCAGUGGUGCCUAUGAUGGUAAGAUCAAGGUGUGGGACCUGCAGGCGGCCCUGGAUCCUCGAGCCCCAGCCAGCACAUUAUGUCUGCGCACCUUAGUGGAGCACUCUGGCCGCGUGUUCCGUCUCCAGUUCGACGAGUUUCAGAUCAUCAGCAGUUCCCACGAUGACACCAUUCUUAUCUGGGACUUUCUGAAUGUGUCAACCAAUGGCCAGUCAGAGGGACGGUCUCCCUCCCGCACCUACACUUACAUUUCUAGAUAGCAGGUGGCGCCUUCAUCGCACCCUUCCUUGGAUGAGCCCAGGGCUGGUUGGCUGAUGGGUGCGUCCAUCAUGAAAAGGAGCCUCUCUCUUCUCCUUCCUCCUCGUCAUCUCUGUCCACUUCCCACCUUGCCCUUGCCACCUCCCUGCCCGUUCUGACAGACUCUUACGCUUGUGCCCGUUGCCUGCCGGUACUGCAACAUA